CUCUCUCUCUCUCUCUCCCCUCCCUCCUUCUGAUCUCAAUCUCUUUCUGAUAACUAAUAUCUUGAUAUCUAUCGAUAUAGCUAGCUAGUCGACGCUUGUCCACUCAAUCUGUACCACACAUGGUUAAUUAGUCCUGUCUACACGAGAAAGCAAAUUAUUGCCAGCGGUAUAGCUAAGAUUGUGUUCGGCGUAUACUAAUUAAAACCUUGACCAUUUAAUUAAGAAACUUAUUGAUGAACAUAUAUGUUCAACCACCAAUGAAAUGAAAAUAUAGUUUUUUUUGGUGGAAUAAUGAAAAUAUAGUUCAACCGAGAAAGAAAGCGUAGUGCGGUGAUUUACGCGGUAAUCAAGAAGUUAUAGAUUCUAUUGUUAUUAGUAGAAUCACUCGUACCUCUUUAUUUAGCUUUACAUUUUCAUGUAUUGGACUUGUAAGUUUUCUUUAUAACUGAAAAAAAAAGGGUUCAAUCGCGAAAGAAGGUGUAGUGUCCAGUAGUAGCGUAUGUUCUCACCUGAUAAUCAAGAUGUCCCCAUGUUCGAUAUUUGGGUGAGACUGCUCAUGCCUUUUAUUAGAUAUUUAUGGUCUCUCUUUAAAUUAUUAAGUCCAUAAGCCUUUCUUAUAAUAAUAAAAAAAAAAGUUCAACCGGAAUAUAUAUGAAUGUCCAGUUCUCUAAGAAGGGUUUGUAGCUUGUCGUGUUGGUAUUGUUAUGAUAUCUCCCAACAUAUACGCUCAGAACAAAAAACUUUCCGAUUAUUGACUUUUUUGGUGAUUCAAAAUUCAUGGAGAACACAGAGAUAAAUUUUCAGGUACAAACACAGAGAUAAGUUUUGCAAUACAAACUAGCCGUAGAAGCUGCCGAAAAUCGAUUUUCACAUGCAGGGAGUACGUACAUCUAACAGUCCUUCAUAAAUGGAUAUCCAAAAAAACAGUCCUUCAUAUAUAUAGAUGGUAUUAAUGGUGUGUCGUUUCAUUUCACAUGGGUAUAAGUACAAAAGAAAAACGUGCCAAAGAGAAGGAAUGGCACAGCUCAAGUUUAAUUUUCAUAAUAGGACUACCAAUACUUUUAUAUCAGUUAUUUUAUUUUAUUUUUUAUUAGACUCAUAACUUCCCUUAUCAGGGGUAAAAAAAAAGAUGUGAAAAUUGAAGGCUUAGACUAAUCCAGUCGAGUCGGGUUGGCUCAUUGAUAAGUAAAACUUUACAUAUUAUGAAUUUUAUUCAUUUAUAAGACUCAAAUUUGAGACAUUAUUUAAAAAAAAAGCACGUCAAAUUGUUAGAAUCAAUCUAUAUUGAUAUCAAGACUUCCAUUACAUAAUAAAAUAAAAAAGAAAAGAAUUACUAAUCCUUUAUUUGGAUUGAGGUAAGCAGACAACAAGCAGGAGAGGGAGGGGGAUUUUUUUCGAUGUGAACUCAGGUAUUCGGAAGUUCAAUUGGAUACCGAUUAAUUCAGUCGGAAAGGAAAGGAAAGCAUCCGAAUAAUGAGUAGUGUCCAUGUCUCCAUGCAAAGCCAGGCGGUGGAGCAGAAAACAGCCUCGGCUGCCGGUGUCUACACGUACGUAGCUCAGUGGCCGAUAUAUGCCGUGGCCUGGUCACACCACCGGGCGUACAGCAAGCCUCGGCUUGCCAUUGGGAGCUUCCUCGAGGACUAUGCCAACAAAGUAGAGCUGGUCCAGUUCGACCCCGACACGUCAAACUUCUCCACCGACGGCCGCCUUGUCUUCGACCACCCCUAUGCCCCUACCAACGUCAUGUUCCUCCCAUCUGAGGCCGAUGCUGCCUCCUCCACCGUGGAGCUGCUCGCCACGUCAGGGGACUACCUUCGGUUGUGGGCAGUCCAUCACGACCGCGUCGAGAUGCGGGCACUCCUCAACAGCAACCGGGGCAGCGAAUUCAGCUCUGCUAUCACGUCCUUCGACUGGGCAGCAUUCAAUCCACGCCAUAUCGCAGGGUGCAGCGUCGACACUACAUGCACGGUGUGGGACGUCGAGAAGGAGGUUGUGGAGGCCCAGCUCGUCGCCCAUGACAAAGAGGUAUAUGACGUCUCGUGGGGCGGCACCGGCGUGUUCGCUUCUGUGUCCGGUGAUGGCUCUGUCAGGGUCUUUGACCUACGGGAUAAGGAGCGGUCAACCAUUAUCUACGAGAACGUCACCGCUCCGAAUAGGGAUCAGAGCCCACUCCUCCGCCUCGAGUGGAACAAGGCUGACCCAAGGUUCAUGGCGACCGUAGGGAUGGAUAGCAGCGCGGUCGUAAUCCUAGACAUCCGGUUCCCAACUGCACCCCUCGCAGAGCUCAACAGGCACAGGGGGAGCGUGAACGCGGUCUCAUGGGCGCCGCAAGUGGGGCGGCAGCUGUGCUCCGUGGGAGACGACUCGAGGGCUCUGAUCUGGGAUGUGCUCAGCGCAGUGGGGCUCAGCUCGGAUGGCAAUGUAGCCGUCGACGUGGAGCCGGAGAUGUGGUACGGGUCCACGUUGGAGAUCAAUAACGUGCGGUGGUCACCGGUGGAGAUGGAUUGGAUUGCUCUCACUUUCUCCAACAAAUUACAGCUCCUACGAGUUUGACCAAAAAACAAUACAGUAAUCUAUGAUAAUUUAUGUUAUAGAUUAGAUGUAAAUCAUCGAAAUUUUGAAUAGACUAACCGCGACAAAAUCACAAAACACUUAAAUUUUUUUAAUAUUUAUGAUAUUUAUAAAAAUCAAUAGAAAUUGGGAUAUCUAGAGGAUUGUAAUUUUGCGAAGUAGGCUCUGUUUCAUGUAAGACUUUGUCCAGCACCAGGGCACCAAGUGGUUCAAACUUCAAAGUUUUGGGGUGCAAAACUUAAUAUCCUAAAUAAGAGGGAUGAGAAAUUAAUUUGCCCCCCAAAA